AUGCCUAUGGACACGCUGGCCUCUUCGUCCCCUGCUGCCCCAGCCCUACCUUUCUGCCUUCGAACCAAGGUCCCCGGAGCUGCCGCCUCCAGCCCUGCCCGGCCACCGGGUUUGCAGCGCUCCAAGUCGGACCUGAGUGAGCGCUUCUCGAGGGCCACUGCUGACCUGGAGCGCUUCUUUAACUUCUGUGGGCUGGACCCCGAGGAGGCCCGUGGUCUGGGCGUGGCCCACCUGGCACGAGCCAACUCGGACAUCAUGUCCCUGGCCGGGCCCAGUGCUGGGCCGGGCAGCUCCGAGGGGGGCUGCUCCCGCCGCAGCUCUGCCACCGCCGAAGACCGGGUGCGGGAGCGUGUGCCCUAUGGGGUGUCGGUGGUGGAGCGCAAUGCCCGCGUGAUCAAGUGGCUGUAUGGCCUGCGGCAGGCCCGGGAGACCCCUGCGGUCGAGUGCUAG